CGGAAGUGAUGCAAGAAGUGCGACAGGCUGUCAGCCCGUGGCUUACUGAAGGCGCGGUUGCGGGUUCUGUCGCGAGGAAGCCAUGGAGAAGGAAGAGUUAAUUGAAUACUUUAAGUCUCAGAUGAAAGGAGACCCUAACAUGGCCUCAGCGGUAGCAGCCAUCCAGACUUUGCUGGAGUUCCUGAAGAGAGAUAAAGGAGAGACUAUCCAAGGCCUUAGAGCAAAUCUCACCAGUGCCAUAGAAACCCUGUGCGGUGUGGACUCCUCGGUGGCCGUGUCCUCUGGCGGGGAGCUCUUCCUUCGGUUCAUCAGCCUCACCUCCCUGGAGUACUCUGAUUACUCCAAAUGUAAGAAGAUCAUGAUUGAGAGAGGAGAGCUUUUCCUCAGGAGAAUAUCCCUGUCGAGAAAUAAAAUUGCCAAUCUGUGCCACACUUUUAUCAAAGAUGGGGCGAGAAUUUUGACUCACGCCUACUCCAGAGUCGUCCUGAGGGUCCUAGAAGAAGCCGUAGCAGCCAAGAAACGGUUCAGUGUGUAUAUCACCGAGUCUCAGCCUGAUUUGGCCGGUAAGAAAAUGGCCAAAGCCCUCUGCCACCUCAAUGUCCCUGUCACUGUGGUGCUGGAUGCUGCUGUCGGCUAUAUCAUGGAAAAAGCAGAUCUUGUCAUAGUUGGUGCUGAAGGAGUGGUUGAGAAUGGAGGGAUUAUUAACAAGAUCGGAACCAACCAGAUGGCUGUGUGUGCCAAAGCCCAGAACAAGCCCUUCUACGUGGUUGCAGAAAGUUUCAAAUUUGUACGGCUGUUUCCGCUCAAUCAGCAAGACGUCCCAGAUAAGUUUAAGUACAAGGCAGACACUCUGAAGUCUCUGCAGACUGGGCAGGACCUCAAAGAGGAACACCCAUGGGUCGACUAUACCUCCCCAUCCUUGAUCACCCUGCUGUUUACAGACCUGGGUGUGCUGACACCAUCUGCUGUAAGCGAUGAGCUCAUCAAGCUGUACCUGUGAUCAGUCCCUUCCUGCCAACAUGCAGGCAGUCUGUGGCUGUGCAAGGUGAGCAGCCUUUCCAGCCAGCCAGGGCACAAAAUGAACCGGACUCUCAGAUCUGGAUGCCAAGGGUUCACAUCAGAAGUCCUGUCAACAUCCAAAGCCUGUUCAUAGUUCUAGAAUCAAGCUGAGGCAUCCUUAUGGUUUUCACAAACUCACUCUGUCCUGGAAGUAUAACUUAGAUUACUGACUGUAAACCUGAGGAAAGAUGGCACCUGAGCAAGGACGCUCUUCUCAUACUGCUCUCCAGGCCAGUUUACAUCAAUGAAAGUGAUGAUGUGACAACUGCUGAGGAAACAUACAGCAGGACAUUCUUGGACCCACCAGCAGAUGAAUGACAGACUUACUCAUUUUUAUUGUGGCUUGGGCUUCAUCCCAGCUAGCUCAUCAAACUUAAUUAACCCGACUUCAUGACUCUGCCAUGA